AUGGAAAACGAAUAUGCGUUUGCCAAGUUAUAAAGUUUGAAUUAGGAAGAGUUUUUUAUAAGAUAAAUUCCACUUAUUUUAAGAAGAAAGUCUUUAAAAGAAAUUUAAAAGCCAGGAAUUGCUAUAAAGGAAUACCCUGCUACGCUUGCUAUUGGAAAUUGUGCUGAAAUAAAAGAAUAGCACGCAAUAUUAUUUUAUAGCCUCAAAAAGAAAUGUUUUUCUAUGAUAGCAUUUGAUUAGUUAAGUGUGGAUAACUAGUAAGCUAAUGUUUUUAAAGAUGUUUAAUCUUUAUUAAAUGAGUUAAAAAGAGCAAAUAACCUAGAUUUCUUCGAUAAAUAUGAGGAAUACACUAUAUACUUAAACAAUUUUUCACAAAUUUAUAUUGGAUGUGAUAAAUGUGAAGUUCCUCACUUAUAUGUCUUGGUUUUACCUGCUUCAGAAGUUCAAAAAAAUGAGUCUUUAAAUUUGAAAGCUUCAUCAGUAUUUUCUCAUGCAUAAAAUUAAUCAAAUCCAAACAAUAAGUAGCACGAUAAAACUCUUUAUUAAAAAUGGUCUGCUGACGAUAGAGAAUAGCUUAAAAAGUGUAUUAUCAACUAUGGUUAUGGAAGAUGGAAGUAAAUUUAAAGAUCCUCUACAUCUAUUGGAGGAAAAUUAGCAGAAAGACCCAAAUCAGAAAUUAGAGCUUUUGCUAAUGCAUUCAUUAGAUCUUUAGCAGAAUAGUUAACUUCUUAAAAUGCUGAACUAAAACAAUUCCUUUACAAUAUGAUAGACGAAUACCCUGAUGAUUCAUAUAUUACACCUUGUGACAAGGAUUGGGAUACUUUGACAUUAAACUAAAGAGCUAUACCUUUUACUAAGCGUCUUUAACUUCUCUAUCGUAUUAGAGUUCUCAUAAAAAAAUAUAAAGAUGACUAACUUAGAAGCAUACCUGAUAAAGAUAAAGACAAAAUCAACUGGGAAGGCUUAUUAAACUUUUUACCUAAUUCUUUGCUCUAUGGAUAAAGACCUUCGGUGUGGUGGACUAAAAAACAUGAUACAGAUCUUUUGCGAGGAGUUUAUAAAUAUGGUUAUGCUAACUACCCUACAAUAAGACAUGCAAAAGAAUAUUGUUUUUCAGAAUUAGAGAAAAUUGCUAAUGUCUACUAAAACUUUCCUACUUCUGACGCUUUAACAAGGAGACUCAAAAAAUUGAUUCAGACAAUAUUAAAAAGCGAAGAAGAUAAAGGUAAAAUUGAUUUUGACAUGUCUGCUAGCAGUGAUGACGAAGAGAAAGGAUGGUCAGUAGAUGAAAAAGAAAUUCUAUUCAAUUAUUUAAUGGAUAGCGGAGUUCCUUUAAAUAAUGAUGGAAGAUCUAACUGGGUUGAGAUUAGAGAAAAAAUGAAGCUUGCAUACAAUGAAAACUAAAAAAACAGACCAACAAACUAGAAUGAGGUUAAAGAAGAAAAUGCAAUAAAAGAAGAGGAAAUUUAAAAUGGAGAGUCUACUAAUAAAUAAAAAGAGGAAAAGUAGAAUGACCAAGUUAAAGAAGAAAUGGUUAUAGAGAGCAGUAAACAAGAAAUAGUAUAAAAGGAAGGCAGUGAAUAAAUGUAAAUUGAAGAAAAAAAAGAAGAAGAAUCUAAGGAUGUGAAACAAGAAGAAACUGCUCCAAAAAAGACAUAAUCUAAAGAGUUUGAUAAGAGUAUUUCUUAAAUUGAAAAGAUGGUCUAAAGGAUAAGAGUUAAAUGCUAAGAAUUAAUUGUUUAAUGCUAGACUGAGAAGGGUGAAGAAGAAUAAAACAUUUCAAUUGUUGAGGAAGACAAAGAUGAAGAUGGAUUUACAAUUACUUUAGAAAACGCUAGGAAAUUUAACCAAAAAACAAACAUGCUUCAUUUCAUAAGAAAAACUGUUCUUUCUAAUAACUAACAGCUCUUUAAUAGUAACAUGGAAGAGCUUUAAAAGAGACACGAGUCUCUAACUAUAGACGACUAAGGAUUUAUUGAUAAUCCUGAUUAUAUUCCUAAAGUACAUGAUCUAAAUUUAAUGUUUUUAGUGUCUAAUAAUGGCUUUAGCUCUUUGCAAAAUUUAGAAAACUUUGAGAACUACUAAUUAAAGCAGUUCAAUUUAGAUGACUAAAAGCUUUAUGAAAGACUUGAAUGGCUUUGCGAGUGUUUUAAAGAUAUAAAAGAUAAAACUUAAAAUAAAAAGAGAAAGGCUGAUAAGCAGAUAACUUUUAAGGAUUAGUUGACAAAAAAGCCUAAAUUUGAAAUAAAUAGAGACGAAAAUGGUAAAAUCAUCUUCCCCAUUUAGAUUAAUACGAGUUUGAAACUAUUAGCUACAGGCGAAAUCAAUUUGCUUCCUACCUAUCAUUCAGAACACAACUUAUUCCCAGUUGGGUUCAAGAGUGUUAGAGUUCAUGCCUCUAUUUUUAACAAAGGGGUAAGAUGUGAAUAUACUAACGAAAUAUUAGAGGGACCAGAAGGUAAACCUCUUUACAGAGUAACUUCAGCAGAAGAUCCAGAUAACCCAAUCGUUAAGGAAAGCUCCACAGGUUGUUGGGUUCAUAUUUGUUAAAGAGUAAAUGAGCUGCAAGAUGUCAAGAAAGAAAAGGUAACUAUCUCUGGUACUGAAAGAUUUGGGUUGCUUGAAACUAAUGUAAUAAGGCUUUUAGAAGAUUUGUCAAAUGCAGAGAAAUGUGCUAAGUAUAAAUUUAAAUUUAAAAAUAUCAAUAGAAGCAAUGAAGAAUUAGAUUGA